CUUCUGAAUCAGGAAAAGCUUGAAAACAUCGGCAACCUUUGCCAUUAACGUGUAUUUAUGAUUUUAUGGACGUUGCAAUUAAUCAGCAAGAUGAUUUGGAGAGUGCAGUAGCUGUGUAUAUUUCCCGUCUCCUCGCUCUUUGGUCACGUGCGUGUAUGUUGCACUAACUCACAGUAUUACCGAGUAAGUAUGAGAACCGUGGACAAAAGUUGAUAUCUGCUAGCUAGCUAACGUUAGCCUAUUCAUAGAUGCUAGCUAAGGCUCGCCUACACUAAAUGUCUGUGAAGUUACAGGCAGCUUGUUGCCAGAUUUUGUUCGCUAGCGUGUCUGCAUAGUUGAAUGAUAUUCUAGAAUGACAAAGGGCACACAUGAAGAGAACCAUUAUACGGGCAAUAUUUAACUUUAGUGAAAUGCAACGAGUAGCUACCUAGCGUAGUAGUCGAUGGCAUGGGGGCCAGACCCCCAAAUUUUGGGUGACGAUGUCUCAUGGCAUAUUAAUUUUUACCAUUGGGAUUUUACGAUAUGACGAACAAUGUCAGUAUACAACCAGUUAUUGCUCACGUAUACCCUUUAAUCAUAUAUCAUUGGUAAGCUUCGAUUCACAGCUAUCCAUCCACAUUUUCAGAAAGUUCAGGCUUAAAAAAGGAAACCCUGAUACAUUUAGUUGGUUCUGAAAAGUCAUGAAAUUACAAUUCAAAUGAUAUAUAAUAUAAACAACUUCAAAUGUGACUCUGGGUGACAACAUACGUUUUUUCUAACAUUAGGAAUGUUUUCCCUCAAGAAAUGAAGUCCAUUUCAUGUUUUGUUUCCUUACUUCCUAGUAUCGCGAUACUGAUAUCCUGACAACACAGCCAUUGACAUUAGAAUGUUGGAAGCUUAGCCAUGUAAUUCCAUGUAGUGGGCGGCUAUGGUUUAGGAUUGUAACUUCGGUGAUAGAAGCAUUAAAUUGCACACAACCAGAACAGGGUUUUAAAAACAUUUUGUAGAUACAGGACCAUCACAGGAUUCACGCAUUAACUCCACAGAAGCCUUUUUCCAAUAUGGCCGCCAAACAAGGCAAUGGGGUCUUAUUGGAUCAAUUUCGCAUGACCAUACCUGUAUGAAAUAUAAUUGUAGUAUGCCCAAUAAUAUCUUAAAAUGUCCAUAGGGAUGUAGAAUACACAUCCAAAUGAGCCAUAUUUAUAAAUAUGUUAAAUGAUUCACAGAAUUGUGGUAAGAAUGUGCCCAAAAUGCUGUCCUAAUCACUGAUUUCUGAAAAUGUCGAUCCUUAAAGGGGCAGUGUAGUGAUUUUCCUGUUUUUUGUUGUAUUUUAUAUUUUCACACUGAGGUUGGAAUAACACUCUGAAAUUGUAAAAAUCAUGAUAAUGGCAUUUUUGUGUAAGGGCCGUUUAGAAGAAGAAUAAAAAAAGGCCUGGAAUUUCAGCCUGUUCAGUUGGGAUGGAACUUUUGGCCCACGUGACAUCACAAUAUGAUCUGAUUAAAAUAGACCAAUGACUGUUCAUAUAGGUAAGAGGGUGGGCUCUAGACUAGCCAAUCAGGGCUGUGUAUGUAAAUAUCUUAACAUUUGUUUCCUAACGCCCAUAUGAUCAGACUGAGCAUUUCCAGGGCCAAAGGCGGCUCGGGAUAUAAAUGAUGAUAAAUAUAUUUUGGAGUUAUUUUCAUUAAAUAAACACACAGUGCUUUACUAGACAUACAGUGACGAUUUGAAACAAUCAAUUACAAAGACUGCAUGGGGGCUUUAAUUUGAAUAUUUAAUCUUCAAACAAAAAAUUGAUUUAUACAUGUAAAUAUUCAUGGUUGUGGGGUGAUAAAAAUUAUAUACAAUGUUAUCCUGUCAACUGUUUUCAUAAAACAGAGGACUAGAAACCUAUAAAGUUCCAUAGGAAUGCCAAUAAGUUUUAACCUAAUAUCUUGGAGAGCAGCAAACCAUUACACAUAUUUAGUCAACAUUUAAAGGGAUAAUCCACCCCAAACCACUAAUUCCUAUGUUUAACAGUGUUAAAUAACAGUAAUAUGUGAAAACAAUAUUUUUUGUGAACAAAUGUUUAAUUUUGUCAUUAUAAGGUUGGUAGCAACAUGUCAAAAUCGUUCUGGAAAUCUGUUGCAGCUCAAGUCCACUACAAAACCCGAAAUGCUCUGGGCUGGCUAGCUAGCUAGCAAACGGAGCUACACACAAUAAUACCAAAGUCAAUAUCAGCAUAUGAAGUAGCUAGCUAGCUGUAAAAUCGCCUAAACAAACUGCACUAUCAAUUUAGGAGUCUCACAGAGUUCAAAUUGCAACUCUGCUGCCCAGAGCAAGUGCAGAGUAUGUUGCUAUGGCAACAACGGCCCUUUCCCACGUUUCCCACAGACACACAGUGCAUUGAGAGAUGGUACUUGAAGAACCAUACUUGUGGUCCUCUGUAGCUCAGCUGGUAGAGCACGGCGCUUGUAACGCCAAGGUAGUGGGUUCGAUCCCCGGGACCACCCAUACACAAAAAAAAUGUAUGCACUCACGACUGUAAGUCGCUUUGGAUAAAAGUGUCUGCUAAAUGGCAUAUUAUUAUAUUAUUAUAAGAAGAAACUGAGUUUAAUAAUUUGUUACACUGUUUAGAUUGAGCACAUCUAAGCGAAAUAUAUACUUUGUCAUGACGAUAUAAACGGAUGGAUGUGUUCUAGACAAGUAUGCCCAUACUAUCUAUUGGCUGAUUUGGCGAGCUGGAGUAGGUAAUUGUUUUAAAAGCGUUAUGAAAUGUGAUAUUGUGUUAUCCCCUAUCUCCAGUGACGAGAACCGUGUAGCUAUGACACGUUCUUGCACGAUUUCGUGAUUUCACAGUUGGACCACUUACACGUUAAAUCAUGGGGAACAUUUUUAUUUUACCCACUGAUAGAACAUAAGCUUUCACCAAAUAGACAGCAGUUUCAUUAUUUUUUAUUUCUGGGGGUGGAUUAUCCCUUUAAGAUAUACUCUUACUAUGGGGCCAUAGCAGGUUGGUCUGUUACUAGAAUACUAAAAGUAUUGACCUCAACAGGCCCAACAUUGAUUUUUACUACAUGUGACCUGUCAAGAUGCUGCUGUUCUUGUGGAUUGAGAGAUACAGAACAUAAUAAUAAUAAUAAUAAUAUGCCAUUUAGCAGACGCUUUUAUCCAAAGCGACUUACAGUCAUGCGUGCAUACAUUUUUGUGUAUGGGUGGUCCCGGGGAUCGAACCCACUACCUUGGCGUUACAAGCGCCGUGCUCUACCAGCUGAGCUACAGAGGACCACAUGUAUCCAUAAUGAUCCAGUAGUUGCUUACUAACUCCUAUUGCAAGUUUAUAAACAAUGCUUGUAUUUGUCCUUGCAAAAGCAUUACGCAUAAAGUACAAACUAAAAAUAAUCACACUUGCUUGCACUCACCUGAAUCACACUUGCUUGCACGCACCUGAUACUGUAUUUAACAACAUACAUCCCCAAGCUAUUGGUGAUUAUGCACAUUUAAACUGACAGAUAUGAAAGUGAAUGUAUACCAUGUGUGUCUGCUGCAGAUCUUGCUUGCUGCAUCACCAUCGCUGCCUUGGUUGGUGACAGGAGGCUCUGGAGAAGGAGUGUCCAUCAAGCCCUAAAGGACCAUAGCUUGGUCAUGAUGGACCACAGGAGAGCUCUAACCAUUUCACUGGCCGUUGACAAGGUGGAUAACGCUCAAGUAUGUCUGGCCUGCCUGGUUAUAUUCAUUCAUUGGGAUUCCUAGUCUUUUUCUCAGUCAGUAUGCAAGAACUAUAAUCAACAACAGUGAGCAAAGUAACAGUACCCCUUUCUGCUUUUUAGAUGGGAAGUCCACUCAAAAUCCCCAAGACCCUCCUUUCUUCAGAGUCGGGAUGUGGGAAUGAAGAGGCACAGGUAGAUGUUAUUCUCUUUGGGUCACCUUUCUCGUAAGGCGUCCGCAUGCUUCCCAUCUGAAACAGUUUGGAACAGUUCGUGCAUAUAUUAUGACGGCAUUUAGUGACAUUUUGGUUCGUUUUGGUUUUCGUCAAGGGUUUUUUCAGUUCCUGCACCCAGCAUUUUUUCUUGAGGCAAGCUGAAGUCUACGCCCUUUUGUCUGUGAUUGUUCAACAGUAGGGAUUCUUCAAUGAAGUGUUUGUUGUCAUUCAACGAGAGACAAAUCACUUUCAUGCAAAUUUUUUCAGUUGAGAAAUACUGCAACAAACAUCUUAGUUAGAUGUAUAAUUGCACGACUAAGAUCUCGACGAAAACGUAAAAAUUCAUGACAGAUUUCAUGAGUUAUCUUAGAUUAAGUCAGACAUCUGAGGAAGUGUAUACUGGCUACGGUGUCUCAAGAUGGACAAAUGCUACUAUUGCUGCUUUUUUCUUGUUUUUCAAGCGAAGGUCUUUUAAGGGAGAAUGCGAGCACACUCGUUCAGUUCGCCUAGCCUAAGUAGGGCAGACUAAGUAGGGCUUAUGGAGUCAAACAUUUAGUAAGAAACACAAUUAUACCUGAAAGACCUUAGCUGACCCCAAAAAUGUCUCACCUUAUGUCCCACGCACGCACACUCACACACACACACAACAUUAAAAUGGCAGAAAAUAAAUGAAACGACAGAUUGCACCUUUAACCUUUUUCACUGAGGUUUUAAUAUUGUGGUUAGGCCAGUGGGUAAGUAACUUUCCUCCUCCCUCUCUUUCUCCAACAGAUUCAUUGGUCCCAGAUUGCUGGAGACAGAAUCAAACUCCAAGAUUCCCGUCAGCAGAAUGGAUCCAUCUCUUUGGAUCAUGGCCAGGUGGCUUUAGCCCAAGCGGCAAUGGACAGGUGAGGAGCAGCAUUUAUGGAGCCACAGAUGGAAAGUUAUGUUAGGAAGCAAGCAUACAUAGUCUGGUUAGAUUAGACUUGUUGUAGGUUCAUAGAUGAUUUUACUCUAUAACAUGGUCAGUUAGUAAGAUACAGCCUUUGUCUUUCUCUUAUUCUGCCAAAAUAUACAUUUGAAUUCAUGUUAUUAUCUGUGAACUAAUUGGGAGCCUUUGCACGGUAAAGUAGAAUUAAGCCACUUUAUGUCAUUGAGUGCAGUUCUCCAAACGUUCCACAGAUGGGGCUCUUCCCCUAAGUAUUAUUCUCAAAGGUAGCUUACGUGCUCCGUGUACACCACCACUACUGGUACUGUAGAGAUAUAGCUGCAGCAGCAGUGCUUAUCUUUACCACACAGACUCACUGCCUGGCCCUAUCAACCCCAUUCCACCUGUCUGCCCCUCCCCAUUUUAGCCUCACAGUUUCCCUAUUGGUCAGAAUGGUCAUCAGAUAAGCCGGAAUGUCAUAUCAGGUCACGAUGACACAGAAUGGUCGUAGGGCUGUAAAGGUUCUGACUGGUUCUGUUCCUUCCUUCAUUAGGCAGAUCCAGUUGGUCCUCACAGACGUUUUAAAGACUGAACAGGGGCUGGCCUACCUGGACAAGAAAAGGCGUGGCCAGAUGACCGGCAAUGGAGAGCGAAAGAGCGAGUCAUGGGUGGGGAGUGGGCAGAGGAGGGUGUCUCAGAGCAGCAGAGAGGGGAGGGAGGAUCGGAGAGAUGACCCCCAACACAGAAAGAGACCCCAUGACCACCCCACACCCAUCUCGACCCGCAAGGACAGGAGGUAAUGCUGGGCUAAAUGUUGCUGAAUUUAGGAUGCCAGUGAGCGAUCAAGAGUUAAAACACAGAGCACAGAGUAAGCAUACAGACAGUAGAAUUUUGUUUGGGUGGCUUCUGACUUUCUUUCAUUCCUUCUUUCUCUCUUGUUUAGGUCACACCACAGAGGGGGAUCAGAGGAAGAAGAGAAUGAAAUAGGAGAGGAGAAUGGUGAGGACCAGGGGCCUCAUAUAUAAAAAUUGCAUACGCACAAAAUAUGCCCUAAAACAUGUGUGCGCCAGUUUUCACGGAAAAAAAGUGAACUUGACUUUAGAAUGUGCUUAUCCUCCCGCAAACUUUCUAGUGGUUGACGUAUUGCAUUGCAAGAAGGCAAAAGUAAUAUGACACUCUUAUUCAUAACAAAAAAAUAGGUAGCCUAGCUAAAUAUAAUAACAAGAUGCAAACAUUUUACCAUGUGCAUCUCUCAUUUAAUUGGGCCUAUUAGAUAUGCUAUUAUAAUUUCAAAUUUUUGUAAUUUCAAGUUUUUGCUCUAUGCAUCCGUCAGGGAGCGCGGUUUAUAACACAGUAGAAUUUAACCGGUGAACAGGCAGUUUAUAUUUUGCAUUGACAUUUGUAGGCUACCACUAUAAGUAGGCCUACUGUAGUUUAAAAAAAUUUCAGAGUAGAUCAUGUUUCAGAAUUCGCGGGGCAGUGCAGCAUAUUUAUGUUCGGGGAAAAAGUGAAGGUGAAACAUUGCAUUCAAACAAUCUGUUUACAGAUCCACAACAAUUUGCAAUUGUUUUUGUCUUUCAGAAAUGGUCAAAUACAGCAAAUGUCACUGCAAAAGAAAACAUUCUGCCAACACCUCCAAAGACAUUUGAUCAAGUUUGCAAUGCAUUGCUAUUUCCUUUAGAUACUGUCUUGGCCUAAGUCCAAUACUUCCAAAGUAUACUGCAAAUAAGGGUGUUAUUGUCACCAUAAAAGGUGAAUGAUGGGUGUUUUUCAGGCGGCGUUAUAAUGCUCGUUCACGUGCGCACAGUUUUACGACAGGUCUGGUUUAUAACGGCGUGCGGCAAGUUUAGAAAUCACAAUAUUUUUCUGCGUACUAAGUCUUUUCAGAAAUGGCGCACGCAGAUAUUUAGUGUUAAAUUUAUGCAACGGUUAUGAGGCCCAAGAGAUGCAGUGAAGAUAUCACACACACACACACUCCUACCGUUCUCCCGCCUCCUUAUUGGAAAGGCUCUGCAGUAUUCCUGGACUCAAUCCUGUUGUAAAUAAACAAACACUUUACUUUACUUUAUAGAGCUGUAAAACAAAGACCUGCUGAAUCUGCACCUUCCUUCCUCUCUUACAUACACACACACAGGCAAAGUUGAUUUAAUUAUCUUACGGUCAUUUGUUUUUCCAUAUCUGCUGCCCUACUUUCUGGAGAGUAGUAACAUGUUUAUUGUAUUUGGUGUGAUAACUUUAUCACCGUCCCUUUACUCUGCAGAGGGUGGUGUGUCAGGGAGGUGUGGGUCAGGGGUACCCCUGGAGGAGGUGACCUUUACUGAGGGGGACAGGCACCAGGAAAAGCAUUACCCACAAUCCACCAGGACCAGGAAGUCCAAUUCAGGUUUAAGCGAAUCCACACACGCUGAGGUAGGAUCUCUGGAUAUAAGUUACCUUAAUACUGACAUUAAAGUUGACUGACUUUAAGGCUAAAGCCAAAAACCUGCAAGCUGGAAUCCAAACCAUUAGACAACCGGUCCCCAGCCAAACGCAACCUUUAUCUCUCUGUUUCCAGAGGGAGAGAUGUAGGAGGGAGUCUGCGCUCUACUGUAAUGGACAGGUGAAGGAUGGAGGGAUGAAGGAUGGAGUGGCGGAGGGCUUGACCACAGACACCUCCAGGCGCUCCAGGGGGAGCGUGCUGCGCCUGUCCGGGGAGUCCAGAGUCGUGGGAGGACUGCCUCCCAAACGGCUCUGUCUGGAGGGGACAGGGGGCAGAGACACCAAUGUAGCAUCCAUAGAGGUAGAGGUGGAUCCCUCCGACUUUGACGGGACCUUGAUGGUAGUCACUGUGGGGGAAGACGGGGAAGUUGUUAGCCCCUCUAACCCCAGCUGUGGAAGGGAGAGGAGAGGAACCCUGAGGCUGAGCCUGUCCUCCUCCAGCCAGGAUAGGUCGCCCAAACCCAGCCCUGCUGAACCCAGUGAGUAUAGAGCGCACUGUACACUGCAUACCUUCACUCCUGGUGUGUGUGCUUCUUUCACCCCAUCUCUCUUAUUGAAACAAACAUACAGAAAUAAACAAACACACAGAUUCCUCCCCCUCCUGGAAUGGUUACAUUAUAAUGUAGUAGCAACGCGCAUGCCCUGCCCUCCUGAGGAUCUGUCUAUUUAAACCAUAUAUUUCAUGUGUUUGAGGGGUGCAAAAUCCACUUGUCACUUAAAUCUCACUAGAUUGAUUGCUUUCAUUUUACACCUGCGACUCUUUCAUACUCUUGCUUGUGCCUGUCGUUUUUUCCCAUGAGCGUUACGACCACGGACAUUUUUGUAAUGACCUGUCAGACACAGCCCGGUAUUGGCUGAAAUGGGCUCAAUGGAAUACAUUGUCUUUCCGUUGCAUCUAUAAGAACGCUAAAGCUUCAUCUGGGAUUUAACGCUUCGUCUCGAAACUUACAUCACAAGAAAGAGAUGAAAGAUAACUUUAUUUUGAUGUUUGUUUUUUGUGGAAUUGAAACAAGUAAUAAUUGAAUAACAUUUUACAUUUGUCAUAUAGCAGACGCUCUUAUCCAGAGCGACUUAGUUAGUGAGUGCAUACAUAUAUAUUUUUUUCAUAGUGGAAUCGAACCCACAACCCUGGCUUUGCAAAUGCCAUGCUCUACCAACUGAGAUACAUCUCUGCCGGCCAUUCCCUACCCUGGACGACGCUGGGCCAAUUGUGCGCCGCCCCAAGGUUGAAAUGUUUACAAAUUAGAUGCGCUGAAAUGAAACCCAACUUCUGAAAAUUAACACUCAGAUUAUAGUGAUAUUAUGUCUGCUCUCGCAAACAAUGUAAAGUAAUCCAGAGCCAAGCGUGUUGAUUUUUUUUAUCCGAAGGUAUCCUGCUAUUGACACACUUGUUGAAUUAUACAACAGUAAUUAAUGAGGCAGUCUAGACAGCGCAGGUGCGCUGUUCCACCCCUUUUAUGUUUAUGUUAAAUUGAAUGCACCAAUUUGUAAGUCACUCUGGAUAAGAGUGUCUGCUAAAUGACGUAGAUGUUAGUGUAUUUAUGCAAAUGAGGCACAUAUAAUUAUCUUUAUUUUAACAAAAAAAAAAAAAACAUGAUACCAUUAAAAAAUGUGUAUACGAGUGCAUUCAAAAAAAAAAAAAAAAAAAAAAAAAAAGACAUUUGACAAUAAAUUGAAUGCCUAAAUUCCCACCAAAAUCACUGAACAUUAUACGUGCCAGUAAAAUGUUUAAUGUGCUAUAAUUCAGUCAAUAUCUGAUGGAUUUUAAAAAUGCAAAAAGUUUAGAGUAUCUUCAUCCAUUGUCUGUUGCAUUUAUUAGUAUUGUUUUAAAACCUUUUAACAAUUUUGAUGACCUUUGCUCAAUGUAGUCUAUUUUUCUACUUCCGGCACCAAGCCUAAGCCCCCACAGUGUCUGUUAAUGCUGACCACUGGGUGCGUGCUUGUGACUGUCUGUGUCAGUAUGCCCAGUGUGUGUGUGUGUGUGUGUGUGUGUCUGUGUCUGUGUGUGUGUCAACUGGGUUGAGUGUGUUUCUGUAUGUGUCUCUGCCAGUAUUGCCUUUUUUGUGUGUAAAAAGUAUCUGCGUGCUUGCAUGCGUGUGUAAUGGCACUAGCUGUGGCCUACAACACUUUGCCAUUGCUAUGGUUACCCCCCCCCCCCCCCCCCAACAUAGCAGGAUUACUGCUGUCCCUGUCUUUCCUUCAAAGUCCAUUACACCACAGUCAUGCAGUGACAUGGCAAUGUGUGUGUAAUAUAGGGUUGGGCGGUAUUCAGAUUUCCAUACUGUUCCAGUAUCAUACUAUAUUACCUGCAGUGCACACAAGGGCGGCUAUUUCUUUGCAAACGUAAAAAUAAAUAAAUAAGUACGCUAACAAAGGACUAGUGAAUUCCCAUAGCGGACGCUAGGUAAAUGCUAACAAGCGCAAGCGAACAAACUAAAUGCAAGGACAGACAACCCAGCUAAUAAAGUUCUCAAUAGGCUACACUCACACUUGAUCCAGGACUGGAUUGAUGGUCUCUGCUGUAACCAAGAAGCUUGAUUUUACAAGCUAGCUACCUAUUGUUAGCAAAUCAAAUGCAUAGCUGGAGCCCUGAGCUGGAGAAAAUGUAUUUGGCACUUAGAUCGUUAAUUUAUACUAGUUAUAAGAUAUCUAGCUAGCAAACAUUAAUAGUGAAUUUGAAGUGAAACUUGAUCACCUCUCUUGUGCUGCUCAACUGUGGAGGUCACGUCACGAAACUUCCGUUUGCUCCAUGUGCUAGUUGUUAUCAAAUGUACCUGAAUUGAAUUGCAUUUUUGUGAGUAAAAAUAAAAAAUUAGAAUUUUUAAAAUCAUACCGUCUUUAUUUGAAAAUACCCCGGUAUACCGCCCAAGCCUAGUGUAUAACAAUAUUUAACUGCAACAGGUUUAAUCUGUGUGUGUUUUCUAGUCGUUCUCUCCAGUGAUGAGGAGGAGGUAGUCACCCCGUCCCGCAGUUCAGUCCUUCGGCCACAGACUGGGGCUAGUGACUCUAAGCGCCAGAGAAACAAUGCUCAGGAAGACAUGAUGGCAGAGAUGGACUCUCAGGUGGGCAAAAACAACUUCUGAAAUCUUAUGACAUCACAAAGGAUGGAAUAGGGGGAUCUCACAAUGGAUGACAUCACAGAGAACAGAAUAGGGGGAUCUCACAAUGGAUGACAUCCCAAAGGACAGAAUAGGGGGAUCUCACAAUGGAUGACAUCCCAAAGGACAGAAUAGGGGGAUCUCACAAUGGAUGUCAUCCCAAAGGACAGAAUAGGGGGAUCUCACAAUGGAUGACAUCCCAAAUGGCAAAAUAGGGCAAUCUCACAAUGGAUACCACUUCCUGAUUCAGCUUACACCGAUGCUCGAACCUAGGACCACUGCCUUGCUAGAACACAUGACCGCCCUCUUGAGGUGUCUUACCAGUCAGCGCCACACGAAAAGCUAGCUAUUCGCUGGCACAAGUGGGGACACUUCAGGCUGAGGAGUAGGGUACACACAUACCCCUGUUCUACACUAACGCUCAUUGACAUAGGCUGGUAGCAAAGCUAGCCAAAGGGCGUUUUUACCGGUUGAAGUGUUUUUUAAAAGUAUAAUGCAGUUGAUUGGUGACGAUGACACAAACGUUAUGUUAAGCAGGACAUUCAUACGAGCCUUACAAUCCAAUUAUAAUCUAAAAGCAGUGUGAAAUGCACUCAUAAGCAACAUGUAAAUGGUGGCUUUUUUUGCCGGCAGUCUAGGUUUUUUGUUUGUUUUUUAAAAGCGACAGAUUCUGUAUGAAAAGUGCUAUAUAUAAAAUACAUCUAUUGUCAUAAUGAGAACUCCCUGUAUUUUCCCCUACGGUGGGGAAAUUGUGAAUAGCGACUCGAGAGUUAUAGAUUACGGUGAUGUCACAAAGGGCUGCUCACGGAGGGAUCAGUGUACAGAGGCAGGUGGUGUUAGUGAGGGAGGGCAUUGCGUGACUAGACUGGCCCUAGGGGGUAGAACCACCACCUGCUGCCUGCCAGGCUUUAGAGGCCAGAGUGGGGAUACUGUAGCUCCCACGUACUGUAGUCGGUCAACUCAUAGGAGGACAAGCCAAAUGCCCUCGGCUGCACCACAUACAAAUGAACACACAUACACUAUAUGACCAAAAGUAUGUGGACACCUGCCCGUCGAACAUCUCAUUCCAAAAUCAUGGGCAUUAAUAUGGAGUUGGUCCCCCCUUUACUGCUAUAACAGCCUCCACUCUUCUGGGAAGGGUUUCCACUAGAUGUUGGAACAUUUGCUGCUGGGACUUGCUUCAUUCAGCCACAAGAUCAUUCGUGAGAUCGGGCACUGAUGUUGGGAAAUUAGGCCUGGCUCGCAGUCAGCGUUCCAAUUCAUCCCAAAGGUGUUCGAUGGGGUUGAGGUCAGGGCUCUCUGCAGGCCAGUCAAGUUCUUCCACACCGAUCUCGACAAACCAUUUCUGUGUGGACCUCGCUUUGUGCAUGGUGGCAUUGUCAUGCUGAAACAGGAAAGGGCCUUCCCCAAACUGUUGCCACAAAGUUGGAAGCACAGAAUUGUCUAGAAUGUCAUUGUAUGCUGUAGAGUUAAGAUUUCCCUUUACUGGAACUAAGGGGCCUAGCCCGAACCAUUAAAAAAAAGCCCCAGACCAUUAUUCCUCCACCACCAAACAGUUGGCAUUCGGGCAGGUAGCGUUCUCCUGGCAUCCGCCAAACCCAGAUUCAUCCGUCGGACUGCCAGAUGGUGAAACGUGAUUCAUCACUCCAGAGAACGCGUUUCCACUGCUCCAGAGUUCAAUGGCGGACAGACGGACAGACGCUCGCCGGUCCCGUUCUGUGAGCUUGUGUGGCCUACCACUUCGUGGCUGAGCCGUUGUUGCUCCUAGACGUUUCCACUUCACAAUAACAGCACUUACAGUUGACGGGGGCAGCUCUAGCAGGGCAGAAAUUUGACGAACUGACUAGUUGGAAAGGUGGCAUCCUAUAACAGUGCCAAGUUGAAAGUCACUGAGGUCUUCAGUACGGGCCAUUCUACAACCAAUGUUUGUCUAUGGAGAUUGCAUGGCUGUGUGCUCGAUUUUAUACACCUGUCAGCAACGGAUGUGGCCGAAAUAGCCAAAUCCACUAAUUUGAAGGGGUGUCCAUAUACCUUUGUAUAUAUAUUGUAAGUUAAACCGAUCUGUUGAUUAACUAAGUCUCUCACACACAAACCCUUUCUAUGUCUUAUUGCUUAUCCGGAUUCUCUUGUGCCCUUGUUAUCAGAAAGCAUGGUUGUUGUUUGCUUGCAUGCACUUGUGUGUGUGUCACUCAUCAAUGUGUUUAUGUGUUUGUUUCAGUUGGUGCCUGUGGUGGUGACAGGAUUUGGGGUGUCCCCCUUCCCCAGCAUUGAGGACUCUGAGAAUAUGGGCCUGUCCUUCUCUGCCCUGCACUGUGGGGGGGUCCGAGGGGAGGCCAGCGGGAACCUCAGGGUAAGGCUCUGAACACUGUGCUCCGACUGUGGAGAAGAUGCAGUACAUAAUAGAAUAGACAUUCAGUACAUAGCAGCUUGUACUCUUGCAGUGCUUGUGUGACACGGGGCCCUUUCUUUUCUCCUCUGCAGAUCACAAACCAAAGAAUCAUCAUACCAAUUCAAGGUAAUCCAGCACCCCUGGACCUUGUUUAUGAUGUCGCCAGCCUUUACCAUACAGUCCUGGUCCUCUAUUUAACCUUUAAUCCUUUUGGAACAAUUCCAUUAUUACUUGGUCCAACCUGAACGUGACCGUGUGUGGUCGCUAGCCCCUCUGUGCCUCGGGUGGGCGGUCAGGUGGGGCGGUCGUGUGGUGGCUAUAUAAACUCUGUUUUGAAAUAGACCCUCUCUGAUCCUGUUGUGGUCCUCCUGUCUGUCUGUACACCAUCCUCAUCUUCAGCUGAGCGCACACGUGUGUGUGUGUGUGUGUGUGUGUGUUAGACCCUAAGGGCUUUUGUGAUCUUUUUCACCUUUCUGCUGGUGAAAUCUGGCUGCAGAGAGCUACAGUGCUUACCCUUGUGACUACUGAUCACUACUAUAUGUGGAAUAGUAAUUUGUCCCGGUCUUCGUCUCCUGAAUAAGUCCCAGGUUUAGAUGACCAGGUUGUUGACCCCUCUCUCUCCCUUCUGUCUUCAGAGCCUUCAGGCCUGGUAGAAGUGAUGGUGACUGUGGAGCGCUGUCAGCUGUGGAGGUACAGCGUCUGGGACAUGGAGGAGCUACAGGAAAGAGGGCUGGGGUGGGAGGUUGAGCGGGAGAGGGGGCAGCCCCCCCCUGCCCUCCUCCUCCUCUACGUGUCAGACACCCAGGCAGUCGCUGUCCAAGAAGACCUGAGUGAGCUGUCAAUCAAACAGGCCUUAGACCCACCCACUGGUGAGAGCCUGCCUUGUGGAACAAAAGUGUGUGUGUGGGUGGGUGUUUGCUCAAGCGUGUGUACGCCUAUGUGCAAAUGUGUUUGACUGUGUUGUGUUCUCUCUGUGUGUGUGUGUUCACAGGCCAAGCCAGUCCCUUCCUCUUGCUCACUCUGCGUGACCCUCUGGAGGGGGUGGAGGGUGCGCUCCUUCGCUCCAUCCUCGACAUCAUCUGUCUCAACAACACCCCGCACGUCGAAGCUGCACGGCUCCGAGGCAACUCUCCUGUCAACGGGGUGGUUGACCUCCACAGUCCCCUCCUGUCAUUGGACGACAGUCUGGUGCUGGUCAGCAGAACCGGACUGGACCCUCAGCUGCUCUCCCUACUGGGCCAGAACAGUGCCAAGCCUAGGACAGACCAGGACCAAGAACCAGAACAGGACAGAGACACACCUGGGCUGGAGCUGGACACUGUGGACAGAGAGGUGGAGGGGGAGUCACAGACACUACCAGACACAGAGACAGACGUACAGACAGAGGAGGAGGAGCAGAGGGAGGUAGAGAUCGUACCCCUCACUGAGGUUGGUAGUACUUUGAGUGCAUUUGUUUGGGUGUGGACGUGUGUGUGACUGAUGUCAAUAAGCUCAACCAUAACAAAACCCAAAGCUCUAACAUUAAUAAUCAAAUUGACAACAUGUAACCCAUUAUACAUCCUCUGUCAUUUGUCACCCCUCCAGGAAAGUCCAGUCCAGCCUAGACCCAUGUACACAGUGUGUCAUCACAGAACCAGAGGCUCCUACUCUGUGUCCCUGGGCCCCAAGCCUGGCUCCAAUUGGACCCGGUACACACACCAGGGCCCCACACGCAGGCAAGCUACACAACUUGUUGAGUCUUUGAAAUUAAUCUCCAGGACCUGAGACGGAGACCCUUGCUGUAGAGAAAAGUGUAGAUGUAUGGCUUAACUUCUUUCUUUCUCAUCCUCCUGUUCUUAGGUUGAUCCAGUUUCCUCCACCGCCUUCCAAAGGAGGGAUCACCGUGACAACAGAAGAUCUGGAGUGCCUUGACAACGGCCAGUUCCUGAAUGAUGUCAUCAUCGAUUUCUACCUCAAGUGAGGGUGACAUCAGUGAUUGCAUGGAGUAUCUCCCCUAACAGAGACAUCCUCUGUACGCAAAACAGUUUGGUGCCAAAAUGGAGGACAAUUUCAACUCCAACAUGGCUCUGUCUCUGUCCCAACAGGUAUCUGCUCCUGGAGAGGGCUCCACAAGAUGUGGCUGAUCGCUCUCAUGUCUUCAGUAGCUUCUUCUACAAGCAGCUCACACGCAGAGACAACGCAAGUGAGGACAGCACCAGCAUCUCGUAAGUGUGUGUUUGUGUGUGUGUGUAUUUUGGUUUAUCAUUAAUGUAUUUGUAUAUUUUUGUUGAUAUUUGUAUUGCAGUGUAUGUUUCGUGUGUGUGUGUGUUGUCUGUCCCCAGAGCGCAACAGAGGCGGCACCAGCGGGUGAAGACGUGGACACGACAUGUGGACAUCUUCAAGAAAGACUUCCUGUUUGUGCCUGUCAAUCAGGAGUGAGUGACACACACACACAGCUUUGAUGUAAAAACAUUUGGUGUACAUUUUUUUUUACUAUUAAAAAUCCUAUUUUCCUUAACCCUAACCCUAUCCUUAACCUAACCUAACCUUAACCCCAAAACCCUAACCCUAACCUUAACCCCAAAACCCUAAACCUAACCCUUAAGCUUAAAAUAGCAUUUUAGCAAAUUCCUACGCUUUUAGGACAUUUGGCUGAAUCGUUAGGACAUUGGGGUCCUGAUAAUGUAGGAAAACAAGUGUACACACACACUCACACACACUAACACGCAUCAAUAAACCAUGUGACUUAUAGUGCUUUCUUCCUUGUAUUGCAGAGCCCACUGGUACCUGGUGGUGAUCUGCUUCCCUGGCCUGGAGGAUCCCCAGUGUGAGGAGUGGAGCAACCCAGCCUCGCUGAGGGGAACAGGGGGGGAGAAGUCAGGCAAGGCACAGGCUGAAGAGGAGGCCUCCGGGUCUGAAAAGCUAAAUGGUGUCACUGAAGUUCCCCCUGGUCCGACCAACACUGACAACCAAGACAAACUGACAGUUACAGGUAUGUGUGACUAAACAAUUCUCAUCAUGUCUCUCACAGGACAUUAGACCUUUGUGAAACCAUCAAACUUACAUAAUAUUUCAACAUUAAUGAAUAUUUGCAUUGGUUUAGGAAGUAUGACUAUGGGUGGUUUAGAUAAAUGCACCUUAUGUGGUAGGAUUUUUUUUAUUUCACCUUUAUUUAACCAGGUAAGCCAGUUGAGAACAAGUUCUCAUUUACAACUGCGACCUGGCCAAGAUAAAGCAAAGCAGUGCGAUUAAAAACAACAACACAGAGUUACAUAUGGGGUAAAAAAAAACAAAGUCAAAAAAUACAACAGAAAAUAUAUAUACAGUGUGUGCAAAUGUAGCAAGUUAUGGAGGUAAGGCAAUAAAUAGGCUAUAGUGCAAAAUAAUUACAAUUAGUAUUAACAUUGGAUGGAGCCAGAACAGUAAGGGAGAGAGAGAGAAUUGUUUAAGAGCUGCUCUGGAUUUUUAUAAUCCAAAAACAAUCAGAACACCAGUCACAGACAGAAACAGAGAAUGAAGCUGGAACUCAAUAGGCUUUAAUCUACUGGGUUUUUAUGAGACUAAGACACAAAUCCCAUUCUUUAUGUCACUGUGCUGCGAUAACAUACAUCAUGACAGUAACAACAACUACAUUAUCAAUGGGAUAAGGGAAUAACAGCAGCAUAAAUACCUGGGCUGUAACAUGAGGAGGAUAAUGCUGCUGCUGAUGAUGAUGUUUCCUCUCUCUAGUUGUUUCAGAGAGUGUUGUCCAGGGUGAAUCAGUACUCCAGCCACCUCCUGGUCCUCCGGUAAGACACAACUGUCUUUAGGGCUCUUAUGUUGGGUCUCAAUUUCUCGCAUUUAAUUGUUUUCCUUCUUUCUUACUCUGUUGUUCUCUUUCUUACCUUCUGUCGUUCUUCUUCUCCCUAGGACUGCACUGAGAAGACCUGCCACAGAGACAAUGUCUGUAAAAGGUGAGUGGAAACACAUACACACACAUAGAAAGAGCUCAUAACUGGAUGUUUAUAUGCAAUUGUGAAAUGUCUUUCUCUUCUCUCCUCAGACCCUGCAUUCUCAUCAUGGACUCCCUCAAGUUCUCCCUCCAUGAGCGUGUCUUCAAACUCUUACGAGAGUGAGUGUGUUCACUAUUCCUGUGCGUGUGCGUGUUAAAUAUCUGCAGAGAGAAUGGAAUGGUGUGUAUAUGCCUGUGUGUGUGUGAAUAUGUACCUUUAUGGGUGUUUAAUGUACUCUCUGUCUGUCUCUCUCUGUGUCAGGUACCUGCAGUCAGAGUGGGAGGUGCGUCGGGGCUCUGUGCGUGAGUUCAGUUCUGAGCAGAUGAGAGGCUCCCACUGUAAGGUCCCCCUACAGGACAAUAGCAGUGACUGCGGCCUAUACCUGCUGCAAUACGUUGAGAGUUUCCUGCAGGUAACUGUGCACAUGGAAUAAGAACACGCAUAUACAUACGCAUUCACACACUCACACCUGUAACCAGUCGGGUAUUGAACUGGUGUGGUGUCUGAACAACUCAAGACCAUGUUAGCCAACUGAGUCUUCAGGUCUCAGGCAAGGUUACUUAUGUUUUUCUCUUAUGAGAACAUACUCACAAACACAUAUGCUGACAUACACCUACAUACACCUUGUCUCUCUCUCCUGACGUUUCUCCCUUUAGGACCCUUUGGUGCACUUUGACCUCCCCCUGCGCCUAGAACACUGGUUCCCACGGCAACAGGUGCGGAGGAAACGAGACGAAAUCAGGGACCUGGUGCUGCACCUGUAUAGACACCAGAGGGGCAUGGUGGGUAGUAUAGGAAACAUGGGA